AUGUCUGCAGCGUCUGUUCCAGGGCCUUCAAGCGAAGCGAACACUGCAUUCGCCAUCAAAGAGGCCAUACUCAGGAGAAGCCUUUUGGCUGCAGGAGACCUUUUGGUUCGCCAUGAAAGAACCCUGCACACCCCGGAACAGGUGGCAGACGCCAUCGAGAAACAACGUUCCAAUGUUCCGACAACUGAAGACAUUCCCUCAGAGGAAGCCACAUCAAAGCCGUCGAUAUCCAGAGACAAAGGGAAAGACGAAGUUGCAGCGUUUCGAAAAGACUUGCCCUCAGCCCUUUCAAGUCAGCCACCUAGUCGACCUAGAGGCUCUGUAUCCACAGCUUCCAAAACAAACGGUAAACCCUACACAAGGUCGAAUGUCGUCCAGUCACCGAGUUCCCGAGUGCCCCGAGGUCGGAAGCUUGCAAACCAGGUCGGUAAUGCAGCUGAAGCAUUGCUGUCUUCAAACUUCAGCGUAGAUUCCGCUGUCGCUCAAGAACCGCAGCAUUCUACGGGACUUCACUUGGCAGAGUUUAGUGUCGAGGUUUCCGAUCUCGAGAAGAUGCGAACAUUCCCGAGCUCGGUGCCUCUCCCGGACCUUGAUGGCGACUUGGAAUUCCUCGACUUCUUCGAUCCCUUUCUGGGCUUACCUCCAAAGCAACUUGAAGCCUUCGCGAUGCCACCUCUCAGCGGCAACACGGAUGGCUGGUCACCACUAGAGAAUUUUUCAGGUUCGAGCCAGGCUUCGAUGCAGGAUUACGGUUUCCAGCAGAAUCAUAUUUCACCCGCGCACGCGACACCGUCAGUUGACGAUUCGAACCAAUCAUGGGAAACGGCCAGUCAUGCGAAUUCGCGCUCUAAAGAAUCCUCCGGCCUGUGGGACGAGACUCCAGCCCAGGUUUUCACGACAAACCGUCCUGGCUUUGAGGGGUAUUCAGGCUUUCCGAUCCCGCAAACGAAGUACUCAAGGCCUCCGGCGCUUGUUUUUACCGAAUCAAUGCGGACUCAUCUCUUGAAGGACUUGUCGAAUAGACUCUCUGCCGAAAACUUGAACAAUUUCCGAUUGCCCAGUGCAGCCGCACUCCAAAAAUGUAUCCGAACCUACGUUGACGCCUUCCACGUCCACCUGCCCAUCUUUCAUCUCCAGACCAUGGAUUUCGAAACCACGCCAUCACCACUUACUCUCGCCAUAUGCGCCAUCGGCGCUCUUUAUCGGUUAGAAAGAAAGAUUGCUGCCUCCUUGUACUUGAAAGCAGACCAGGCCCUGGCAGCCGCCGUUGUCGACCGAGGUGAGCAUCUCCACAAGAAGCCACGGUUGCUGGAGGAGUGGAUUCAGCCGCGACCUCAAUCACCGAAAUCAACCCCGGAAUCUCUAUGGAAGAGUCAAACUCGACUGCUGCUUGCAAUGCUCAGCUGCUUCAGCGGCGACACGGAAGUCAUUUCGAAGGCUAUCAUACGUCUCGGCGAUUUCCUCGUGGACUUUCGUGAUUUAGCACCGACUGUCAAGCCGCGCAAAAACAGAGAUAAAUCGUUGAGUUGGCGGGAGUGGAUCGAAAGGGAGAGUGUUAAGAGGUUAUUGUACGGCCAAAUAAUGUUCGGCAAUUUGGUCACCAUGACCUACGGGAUCCCCCCCGGCUAUUCCCUGGUUUCAGAUGGUUUUAUCGAGAUGCCGUGCGACCAAUCUUUGUGGGAUGCACUCACAGAAGAGCAGUGGCACGCAGCUGCGACGCGAAAAGGACAGAGCUCCUCACUCAACGUCAAGGAAGCUGUAUCGAUGGUCAUGAACGGAAAUUCAACCAAGACAGUGCCGCAAGAAUGCUGGGAGUGGUCACCAUUCGCAAUUAGCGUGGUGAUUAACGUAAUUUCAAUUCAUAUUUGGCAUAUCACCCAAGGAUCAUACUUCUUCGGCGAGUUCUCCAGUCCCGGACAGCCUGGCGACACACAGAAAUCUCAGACUCUUGCGCAAACAGAGGCUGCCCUUUCUAGGUGCAGAGCCUUGAUUACCCAAGCCAGCUCCGAUGCAGACUAUCCCUGGACAGAGGCCGAAACGCCCUUGUUGUUCAAUUGUCUGGCUCUGUUGCGGGUCAGUUAUUGUCGGGCAUUUACAGGACAUAGCGCCGCCGAUUCAAUGGUGCUGCUCAAGGAAAGCCAGGAAGAAUUCAUGGCUUCAAUUGAGGACUUUGUGGCAAUGCCGCAGAACCGAGGCCAUCUCGUUGCAAGGGCGGUAGGCCGGGCAUUCGAAGGCAUGCUGAUUCCGUAUAAAGCGGGAACAAUGCUUAUCAAGAAGACUGCUGCCUUGACCUGGGCGAUCGGACACGCUUUGGCAGGGUGGGAAGCAGCAUUAUUGGUCACCAAAUGGGUGCAUGCAAUUGAAGUUGAGACCCGGUCAGGUCCUGAUUGUCAGUCGAUCAGCGAGCUCGAGACCCAGACCAUGCAAGCCAUCAGAAACCUGCUCUCGGAAUUAGAGGAUGGGCUCGAUAAUGAAACCGGUUCUUCUCUGGCGGCUAAGCUGGCACGCUACUGGGCCGGUUUCUACGACGAUACUUGGGUAUGGGGAUUGACACCACGGAUGGGAUACAUCCUGCGCGAGUUGGCAAAUUAUUAUGAGAGCAAAUUGGGGGCUUCUUGA